GAGCUGGCGGCACUGGGCUGGGACUGGGGCUUAGCUAUCCCCCAGCUAGGGGCUGCUCCCCGGGGCUGGGCAGCAGUUGGUCUGAAAAGCUGGAGCAGAAUGGGAUGCCAGGCUGAGUCUCUUUGGCUCUGAUUAACCCCACUCCACCAUGCAGUGGCGAAGUCACUUGCCCUGGACCUCUUGGGGCAGAAAUUUGAGGGGUCCAUUUUGGCUAGCAGGUAAUCAUGGCCAAUUCCUACUCCACUGGAGUCAGCCCCUCGAAGCCCGGUGUUCUGAUUUCCCCUUCAGGGCUUUUAUCCGAAACCAAGGAAGUUCUGUGGGUGGUUCAUCUCCCCCAGGGAGGCAUGGGCAGCUGUUCCGAAGCAUCCCAGCUAUGGAAUCAGUCCAUCGGUACCGCCGAAGUCUAGCCGAAUGGUUCAUUCGGUUGCCACGGGAAGAACGCCAGUUUGGACCAACAUUUUCUCUGGACACGGCCCAUGUGGAUCCUGUAAUCCGUGAAAGCACCCCUGAUGAGCUGCUGCGCCCACCUGCUGAACCUACCCUGGAACAUCCACUCCCUCCUAAGGAGCUCCGAACACUGGCUCUGCCCCAGCUCUUUGACCCUGAUGCAUGUGGUCGACACGUACAGACAGUGGUGUUGUAUGGAACAGUGGGUACAGGCAAGAGCACCCUGGUUAGAAAAAUGGUGCUGGACUGGUGUCACGGGAGGCUGCCCAGCUUUGAGUUGGUCAUUCCCUUCUCCUGUGAGGACCUGUCUGCCCCAGGACCUACACCCAUCUCCCUGUACCAAAUGGUGACCCGCCGGUACCCACACCUGAAAGAAGUGCUACCCCUUCUGGACAAUGCUGGACCCCGGCUACUGUUUGUGCUCCAUGGGAUGGAGAGGCUCAACCUAGACUUCCGGAUGGAGAGUACGGGGCUGCACGGUGAUCCGCAAGUGUCUGCGGCGCCUACCACUAUCAUUGUUAAUCUGCUGCGCAAGUUCAUGUUGCCUGAGGCCAGCAUUCUGGUGACUACCCGGGCCUCUGCCGUUGGCCGAAUCCCCAGCAAGUAUGUGGGUCGCUAUGGGGAGAUCUGUGGCUUCUCUGACACCAACCUGCAGAAACUGUACUUUCAGCUCCGCUUUAACCAGCCUGACUGUAGACACAACGCAAAUGGAGUGGGCACUUACGUCACCCCAGCUCAGCGGGACAACCUGAUAGAAAUGCUUUCCCGAAAUCUGGAGGGGCACCAUCAGAUCGCUGCUGCCUGCUUCUUGCCCUCUUAUUGCUGGCUGGUGUGUGCCACCUUAUACUUCCUCCAUGCACCCACACCUGCUGGGCAGACCCUGACAGGCAUCUACACCAGCUUCCUGAGACUCAACUUUAGUGGGGAGAUACUGGAUAGCGCUGACCCCUCUCGGACAUCGCUGAUGGCCUACGCUGCCCGCACCAUGGGUAAAUUGGCCUAUGAGGGUGUGGCAUCUCGGAAAACCUACUUCUCUGAGAAGGAUGUCCGGGAAUGUCUAGAGUCUGGGGUGAAAACAGAAGAAGAGUUUCAGUUACUGCAUGUCUUCCGCCGAGAUGCUCUGCGAUUUUUCUUGGCACCUUGUGUGGAGUCAGGGAAGCAUGGCACUUUUGUGUUCACGGUGCCUGCCAUGCAAGAGUACCUAGCUGCCCUAUAUAUUGUGCUAGGUGAACGCAAGACCGCCUGGCAGCGAGUGGGCAAGGAGGCGGCGGAGCUGGUGGGCCGAGUGGGUGAGGAUGUUAGCCUAGUGCUGAGUGUUGUGGCCAAGCUGCUCCCCCUUCGGGUGCUGCCUCUGCUUUUCAAUUUACUCAAGGUUGUGCCUAGAGUAUUUGGACGGUGGGCAGGCAAAAGUCGGGAAGCAGUCGCCCAGGCCAUGGUCCUAGAGAUGUUUCGGGAGGAGGACUAUUACAAUGAUGAUGUGCUGGACCAAUUAGGGGCCAGCAUCCUGGGGGUUGAGGGCCCACGGCGCCAUCCCGAUGAACCACCUGAUGAUGAGGUUUUUGAACUCUUCCCCAUGUUCAUGGGGGGACUGCUUUCCUCCCGAAAUCGUGUAGUGCUGGCCCAGCUGGGCUGUCCUAUCAAGAACAUGGAUGCCCUGGAAAAUGCCCAGGCCAUUAAGAAGAAGUUGGUGAAGUUGGGCCGACAAGGCCUGCCCCCUUCAGAACUUAUGGAUCACCUUUUCUUUCACUAUGAGUUUCAGAACCAGCAUUUCUCAGCUGAGUUGCUCAGCUCCCUGCGCCAGCUCAACUUGGCAAGUGUGCGUAUGACACCUCUUAAGUGCUCUGUGGUGGCAUCAGUGCUGGGAAGUGGUACACAUACCCUGGAUGAGGUCAACCUGGCCUCCUGCCAACUGGACCCAGCUGGUCUGCGCACUCUCAUGCCUGUCUUCUUGCGUGCCCGAAAGCUUGGCCUACAGUUGAACAGUCUGGGCCCUGAGGCCUGUAAGGACAUCCGAGACCUCCUUCUGCAUGACCAAUGCCAAGUUACCACCCUUCGUCUCUCCAACAAUCCACUCACAGCAGCAGGUCUAGCCCUAUUGGUAGAAGGCCUGAGCGGGAACACUUCUUUGACCCACCUGUCUCUGCUGCACACUGGGCUUGGGGAUGAAGGUCUGGAGCUUCUGGCUACCCAUCUGGAACGAAACCAACAGCUUCGGGAGCUGAAUGUGGCCUACAAUGGAGCAGGUGAUGCAGCAGCCCUUGGCCUGGCUAGGGCUGCCAGGCAACACCCCUCUCUGGAGCUAUUACACCUCUACUUCAAUGAGCUGAGCCCAGAGGGCCGGAAGAAGCUACGAGAGCUAGAAGGUGCUACUGCUGGAGGGGCCCGAGUGGCAGCAUCACUGACUGAAGGCACAGCUGUGUCGGAGCACUGGUCUGUGAUCUUGGGUGAAAUUCAGCGCAAUUUGAACAGCUGGGAGCGAGGCCGGGUCCAGCGUCACCUGACGAUGCUACUACGAGACCUGGAAGACAGCCGGAGUGCCACCCUUAAUCCCUGGCGCAAAGCCCAACUGCUGCGGGUGGAGGGCGAAGUCAAAUCCCUAUUGGAGGGCUUAGGUGGCCCGGUGAGUUGAGGCAGGCAUUAGGCACAGAGUUGUCCUAUUCUUUGGUACCUACCCCUUUGUCCCUUGUUGCCCUCCAUAUAUAGUGGUGGAGAGAUCCUUCUCUGAACUGAGAGGGACACUUCAGACUUUGGGGUGAGGGAAUAGUCACAGCCCUGCUUUGAUAUAACAUGUCCUCCCUAUUCUCCCUAAACUCUGGAGAGUCCAGAUCGUAGCCACAAAACUGUUGCUGUAUGACCAUUGGGGGAAUUUGCUUAUUCGAAUUUUUUUGGGGAGGUGUGUCAGCAACACAUAAGGGGGCUCUUCCUAAGCUCUUUAAGGGCCAGGUCAUUCCCUUCCACUCUCCUUGAGAAUUAGGCGAUGAAGCUGAACAUCAUCUCAACCAUCCCUACUUGUUGUGGCCUAUGCUAGUCCCUUCUUCCUGGAGGGCUCACUCAGAUUAGUUGUGAAGACAAUGACCAUCUACAUGCCCACACAGUCCCCUCCUCCUUCCUGUGCUAAAUCAAGUCCGCUGUGGAUUCAAGGGGAGCCAGUAGAUGCCUUUUUCUUCCAUUGGUGCCUUCUUAUUUGCUUUCCCCAGGCUCUCAAUGAUGCGCAAAGCAUGGUGGCUCCCAGAAACAGGUGCCCUGAUUUGCUGCCAUUAAAAACAAAAAUGUGUGUCUUCCA